AUGUCUCAGGACAACAAAUAUAAUAAUAAUCUGUUUAAAACAGAGAGAGACGAUCUAGGACACAUGCUUUCUAGUGCGCCAGAUGGGUUUGAUAAAAUGGAAGAAACUCUUCUGAAUCAGUUUUUAGAGGAAACUAAUCCGGAUCAUCCGUUAAAUCCAUUAUCAACUGACUACAAUACCGAAAAUUUGGGUAUAAAUAACGAUAUCUUAUUUUCACCAUCCAGUGACUCGAAUAACUCCCCACAACUCGUACAGACUCCAACUUUCAUAGUAGAAAAUCACGAUCAGUCUCAUUUAAAUGUCAAUAAAAAUGUUAAAAGUCUCACUAUAAAUAGUGAUAUUCGUGCACCUACUUUGGCUCCUGCUACACAGUAUCUGUCUCCACGAUCAGCCCAUUCAACUGAUAAUCAAAAUAGUUAUUCCAGUGAUGUCGACUCUGAUUUUAAUAACAUCUCUACAGCUCUAUCACCUUCCGUAUCGGCAUCAUCAUAUUUAUCUGAUAACGAUGAUCUUUUGAGUGUUUAUUCAAAUAAUAGUUUUGCAUCGUCUUCGAAUUUACUUCCCGUAAAUUCACACGGUUAUAAACAUGUUGCCAAUUUGAGUGAUUUGGAUCAAAUAUUAGGUGAUUCCAUCACUUUAUUAGAUAACGAUUUCGAUUUCGCUACUAUGACCACUUUACAAAAUGAUAAAGUUAACCCAGUUAGUAACAAUACACCACCGAUGAUCUCAGUACAGGAAUUCAAAGAACAGUCUACGAGUACGACGAAUCAUGACAUCAAUACUAAUAAAGAGCUUUUGCAAAUGGGAAGUGAACUGAUAUUAAAAUUCGAAAAUAUGAAAAAUCCAAAUUUAUUAAAUGCCUCUGCUAUCCAUGAAGAAAUGUUAACUGGUAGAAAAGUAAGAAGGAAAAGUAUAAGCAGACAAAAUAGUACAUCUUCAAGAAGUAGAAGCAGAUCGAGAAGGAAAUCAAGCAGUACAAUGUCUCAGGAUGAAAAGGCAAGAUCAAUAAGUGCCAAUAGAGCCAAAUUAUUGGAAAUGGCUGAUUUAGCCAUCGAUGAUGACGAUGACAAUCAAAAUGCUAUCAGUAAUGAUGAAAUGGAUAUCUAUGUUAAAUUAGAAGAAGAAAAUAACGAAAUACCGCCAAAUUUGGAUAUUAGAAAAACGAACUCGAAAAAGAAUCCUCAAUUGUACACUUGUGAAGUCUGCGACAAGAAAUUCACACGACCUUACAAUCUAAAAUCUCAUCUGAGAACACACACUAAUGAAAGACCAUUUGCCUGCACCAUAUGUGGUAAAGCAUUCGCAAGACAGCACGAUAGAAAGAGACACGAAGACUUACAUUCCGGCAAGAAAAGAUACGCAUGUGGUGGUAAAUUGAAAAGCGGCAUACCGUGGGGUUGUGGUAAGAAAUUUGCUAGAAGUGACGCUCUCGGUAGACAUUUCAAGACAGAUUGUGGUAGAAAAUGUAUUGCUCCAUUAUACGAAGAAGCAGCUCAAGAGAAAGCCUUUAAUGAAAACAAUACCACCGAGACUGAUACCCUCGCCAAUCUCAAUGGUUAA